AUGCUCGUGGCGAUUAAGGAAGAGAAAAAGGCCAAGGAUGCGGCCCUCUUACAGGACUUGGCCGGAACUUGGGCUUCCCAGCCUACUCAACCCCCUCAGAAGUCCGCCCUAGAUCGACAACAUCGUACGACCUCCUCACAAUCCUCAUCGGGAUCCUCUACACCAGGUUCGCGUACGUCGGGAACUUCGUUCCUUUCAAGUAUCUCCGGCGAGUCCUCCUUCGCUUUCCAGUUUAAUGGACCGAGGAAGGAUGUAGAAGACAACUCAACGCCUCAGUCCCUGAGCUUUCGAGUAACCGAAAAAGAAGAAAUCGCUGUUGCGGAAGUCUCUGUCAUGGAGACUGAGGUAGUUACGACGACUGAAUCUUCGACUAACAACUCAACACCUCACGAAACCCCACAAGUCGAUGAAGGCACCCUUUCUGAGAAUUCACCGGAAUUGACGGACGGCGACAGCCUAUCGGAAGAGGAAGACGGGUUGGUGGAUGAGCUACAAGUUCCUUCGGACGACUCUAAUCCUCUUGUGAUCGAGAGUGGCGACAACCCCGCGGCGGAUACUGAAGAACCUCUUCCGGAAGACAGCCUCGACAUCACUGAGAAGCCUAUUGUCGAUGCAGACGCUACUCUUACUAUCAAGAGUGUCAUCGCCGAGGCCACCUCGAAGGAUCCUCUCGAGGGUGAACCCACUUCUCUUGGAGAAGCUGACACAUUGGGUGAGGUUCUUGGUAUCGAGGAAGGACCAGAAAAAAACGUUCUUACUCCGAUCAUGACUAAAUCAACCAUCAUGACUGACACUUCCGCUCUCCGAUCUGAUGAGGAACAUGGUCCGGUGGAAGAUUCAAUUCACGAGCCACCGAGUACCUCCAGCGAGUAUUCACAGGAGAAAGACGAGCCUACCAAGCCUAAGAGCAGGUCAAUGUUUGACCGGAUUACGAUUGGCGCCGAUGGUCAGCUGGAGAAGGAGGGCCCGGCGGAUCAGGCCAUCCAGUUUGUGACUGUGGCGAGCGUGAAGGCGACUUCUGGGGAUGACUGGGAGUCAGAUGUCGACGAGUCGGACAAUGAGGAAGACGAGGUGGGGUCGAGCGAGGGUGGCGAUUCCGAUGAAGAGUUUGAGGAGGGAGCAGACGAAGAGUCCGAGGGAGAUGACAAGGUCGUUUAUGGACCUGUUUUGGACACUAUUGUCGAGGACGAUUCAGACGAGGACGACCUAGAUGUCGUCAUUUCCAACGAGAUCGAGCCUUACGACCCGGAGGAUCCACUACUACGUCCGGAAGAACUGGCAGUAGCCUCUGGCUACGCUAUCCCGAUCACGGAGGGCCAAAUUUCCACCAUUUAUGAGGAACCAUCGGCGGAAAUCCAAGAUCUUGAACUCGACACUCAGAUUCUCACAUCGGAUCUGGAUAUUUUGACCACCUCUGAAAAGGAGUCUUCCUCCCCUGGACAUUCUGAAAAGGGCGACCCUCAGCACGUCACAGACUUGACACGACGAGACACGACGGCGCCGAUUGUGGAGUUUGUGCAAACCAUAAACACAACACAAACGGAGUCGAAUGAGGUAUCAUCGGUUGGAGAGAUUCACGAGGCACAGGAAGAAGAGACUGCCGAGGUCAUCCCUGAAGUUCUCGAGGAAGUUGAGGUUCGAGAGGAGAACCCCAUAGACUCUUCUCCAACAACCCACAACAUUCUUUCACCGGCCUCCCCAGUACCGUUGCCAACUAAAAAGCCCCAGCUAGCCCCCACCGUCACAAAUAUCCGUGGCAGCAUUCCGGAGACCGAAGCCGGUCUCCCUGGAAACGUCGAAAUCAUUCUCUCAAGCAACAAGCCAGCUACUCGAUGGGCCAGCCCGUCCUUCUUGUUCAAGAUGACGAUUUUCAUGGCAUUGACUCUCGGCCUCGGCUAUCUCUUUUGUCGGUUCGUCGUCCCCAAGCUUUGGGACUCUGGCAUCGUACUCUUCGGUCUUACACUCGUGAUCCUGUCUUGCUGGUACCAGGAACCUGGAGGUUGGGAAACCGGCAAGCAGAGUGCAGUGGGUGGAAGAGAAGAAGACGGAGUAGUAGAGGUAGUCGGAGUGGAAGACGGAGGAGAGGCGACGAGAGCAGAUAUAUGCGGGGCAGGGGAAGGCAAACAGUCACGAGUAGAACAUGUCAGGGUAGUUAAUGAGUGGGGAUGUGAUUGGGGAAAGUGA